CACAUAAUGUAGAUUAUUUAUAUUUUACGCGUAAAUGCCCAACCCUGAUUCAAAGUUCCCGCCGUCGUCUCAGGAAGUCGUAUGACGUCACGUGACGCACGAGUUGAUUUCCUUCUCGUCUGCUCGUUUUCUUGUUGCACUGCGUUUGAUCCGCGUCUGAAGGUUUCGUGUACUUUUCGUGUUUUCCAAGUUCGAAUAGUACUUGGAUAUGACAUCGAGGAUAUCGAAUAUAGUAACAGAUCAUCGUUUUGAUACGCGAAUAACAGGUCCUUUGUAGAUGUUAUCGUACUCGUUUGUGAAAACCGGUGUAGCGCUUUUCGUGUUGCCUCAGGUCGAGCUUUUACGCGCGCGCGCGCGCGCUUUUUCUCACGUUUAUAUAUGAUACCAUUGUAUAAAAAAUGUAUUACACCAUGCGUAAUACGUUAUUUGCGCAAUAUCGGGAGUGCCAAAGAACAAUUCGUUUCUCAGAACAGUGGAUGAGAUCCAUUUGCCGAAUGGAUGGAUCUCAUCUCUGCCGCCGCUGUGGCGGUACAAGUAGAAAGGGAGUAUCCGUCGAAGGAAUUUCGGGGGAAUCAAUGGAAAAGGAAUGCAGUAAUAACAACAACAGCAGCAGCAACCUGAUUCUCAUCGUUUCUCAUCGCUCCUCAUCGUUUAUUCGACGUUCAAUUAGUUUUUUUAUGUAUAAAGAGAACUGUUCGCGGAGAAAUCCUGCUUGGAGCUAGGAGCGCAUCGGCUGGCGGCUUUAUCGAGCCCUUCUGGGCUUCGAAAAAGUACAGAGUUCAGAAAAAAAGGAGAGGCCGACGAGUGGAUGAAGAGCACCGGCCGCAGGGGGUGGAACACGGUAAUAGCAUAAAUCCGUGAACUGUGUGUAGUCGGUUCCCGAUGGUCUCGAGGAGGGGGAAGGGACAGGCAGGCCGGAGGCAGGCCGAGCGUUGGAAGAAACGACAGUCGCCACUCGACGCCUGCACCGAACGGGAGGUAGCUCCGCGAGCACUCGGCCUUUUCGGUACUCCGCAUUGCACUCGCGUGGAAAAAGUCUCCACCGGGAAAAAGUCACCGGGGCGAGCUUUGACCGCGAGUAAUUCACGCCGAUUGCGCGUAAGGAAAGGAAAAAAAAAAAAAAAAAUCAACGAAGCAAGAUCAAAAUUUUUGCUACUCCGGAUUUCCUCUUUCUUUCUUUCUUUCUUUCUUUCGCUUCUUUUUGCGCAAGAACGCGAGAGGGAACGAGAUGAAACGUUGCGGGAUCGUCUUGGACCCAAUGUGAACGUCCGGAGAAGGGAAAGUCCGCGGGGAUCGAUCGAGAGGAUCGAUCGUUCGCGUGAACGGGCCGAGCAGAGACGGUCUUCCGGUCGGCGCGAUUUUCAGCGGAGCGAUCGCGCCCGACCACUUCCGCGGAGAGAAGAUCGAAACCGUUCGCUGGAUCGUCAGUGUCCGUGUCGCCGGUGUCGAGGUGUUUCGUAGCGAUUCCGCACACGCGACCGAAAGUCAGCGCGCGCGGUUCGUGAAAGUGCGCUGGCGGCGGCGUCGGCCUGUCAGCCGGACAGGUGCGAGAGUAAUUGACACGAGGACAAGGUGAAGACAAAGUAAGGGGAAAGAAGAAAAGAUACUUGGUGCGAGCGAGCGAGCGAGCGAGCGAGCGGACUUGUUGUUCUCAAGAAAAUCGAUCGAGGACGUUAAUGCGAAAUAAAGUCACGAGAAGGCAGCCGGAGGUACCUGGAAACAUUUAAAUAAACAUUCGAGUAAACAAGUGUCGAAAGGAUCGGAUGAACGUAUCGCGGUAGUUUAUUAUUGAAGAAGAGAUAGUGACGGGCGAAUAGCGUAAACUGUGACAUUUAAUGGACGGCGGAGAGACGGGGAAUAGGAGGGACGGAGGGAAAGUGACGUUUCUUCGAUCAUACUAAGAGCGACCGAGAGGAAGGGAGAAAGCAGACGACGUCGACGACGACGACGCGACGGGUGGGCCCGAAACAGGUCUCCACGUGACACAGACAAAAGUUCGCGGGCCGCGCGAGGAGAUCGGUGCGAUCGGUAACGGAAGCCUUGUGUGCGCGAGUGUGACACAUUCGGUUGCAUCCUCGCGCGCUUCGCCGUUUUUUUUUUUUUUUUUCUUCUUUUUCCUCGGCUAUUCCGUGAGAAAGUGCGGGUCUGGACGCUCGCCGCAGGGGGAAGAGCACGCGGAUUACUCCGGGAUCGGAGAGGAGAGAAAUUUCCCGACGCGACGAAGACGCUGAGAAGGAGGAAGAGGAAGGUUGUGGUGGUGGUGGUGGUGGUGGUGGUGGUAGUGGUGGUGCCGGAGGAGGAAGAGGAGGAAGACCUCACGAACACGCGCGAGGAGACGCGAUAAAUUGAUAUUGCUUUAUCGGAUAGCAGCGGGAACGGGAGAGAGCGGGGCAACGGAUCUGCGCUUCCCCGGGGCGAAUCCGCGAGCGUGAUUGAUCCGAUGCUUCCAAGAACAAGGGGCAGGUGACGAGCGAGAUUCAGACGAGCGUUCUGAAAUACCUUUCCCAAACUUCGUGAAGAGGCUUCGAUCGGAAGCACGAGGACGAAACAAUGUUGAGCCUACGGCGAAGGCAUUCUCGGUGGAGAAUGUUCUCCAUCUUGUUUCUCGGAAUGAUCUGCAGUGGCGAACUGGCGCCUGCCCGUGUACCUGAAGAGACCUCAUCAUCAUCAUCAUCAUCAUCAUCGACACCCAAAAAGAAGGACAUUGGCUCUCUAAACGAUCACUGGCAAGCGUGGCUUCUGGUGGACGCGCAAGGCGCCUACCAUCCCAGUCUAGACUCCGCUACUCUUUUACGAAGGAUAACGCCGAAGAGCGUGUUCAUCGCGCCGGUAUUACCCGCCUGCGCGGAAGGUUAUCAAGCGGACAAGAUGGGCAGGUGCGUGAAGAGUGAGAUAAGCCUUAACGAGACCGCGCACAAGAAUUUCCUCUUUGAACGACUCAAACUUAUGUUCGGCAAUUCGCAAGCCUCUAAGAAUGAUCAGAAAAAAUCGACCGGUCCCUUGCAACUUAACAUACCUCUGGUGGCCGAUGUCAAUCGUCAGUCGACGGAGAUCGAAAUCGACGAUAGAAUAUUCUCGGACCAGAAAGUCGCGGUGCCGUCGGCUCGCAAUGAAACUUACUUCGCGGAAGAUGAAAAGAAGACGAAGCCGCACAAGACGAAUCUGUACAAAGUGAAGAAUGACACGACUCUGGACGAGGAAGACUCGACGUUUUUUCUUGAGAAUUCCGAUGAUAUUGAUAGAGUUUUUCAGAAGCCUCUGGCAAUGGUUCCAACAACAGUAGCGGAAUUAAUCGAGGAAACGAAUGACACCAAUUUCGCGGUAAUGGUAGAUUACAAAAUCCCGAUAGACGUAAAGACUCUAUUAAAUUCUUCGAGCGUAAAGAGAAUCAACGUAAGCGAUGGUAUAGAAGAAAAUGUCUCGACAGCGGAAAAGCGGGAGAACUCCACCGAAAUGUCGCCGGCACUAGUGCUACUGAUCUCACCUACAAAACUGACAAACGUCGUAGACGAUACGUCGUUGACACAGAACGAUACCAUCGAACAAAUCGCACAAAUGUCCAAUUUUACCUUGAACACUACCACUACCAAAGAGAGCAUCACCGUCGUCAUAUCGAAUUCCACGCCUCCACCCGCGAAGGAAUUAACGUCGAUCCCGUUGGAUGAGCAACGAGAUAACGAGACAUACGCGGAAGACGAGCUAACACCGGAGACUUCCAAGCCGGACGAGUCGCAGGAAACGGAGUUUAUCUACGAUGAAGAAGAGGACGACGAGGAUUAUCCAUACAGCACGGAUGAACCGGAAGAAGACGACUCGACCGAAGGCGAGGAGCUCUUGAAGCAUGGAGAAGCCGGCAUGACGAUUCCCACGCUAGACGCGGAGCGACUCGAUCGCCAUCAGCGACAACGGAAUCAAACGACAGAUCUAUUGAAAAAGAUGCUCGAUAUAUACGACCAGGUCACGAUUCGCUUUAACGAUUCCGCGCCUGCGGAGGACAAGGAUGAAGUGGGAAGUAAUAUCUCCAGCGAAGUCAGCAUUGAUGGUGACUUCAUCCUGGAGACGACGCUCUUGGACGUCAAUACCGAGAGGCUGCAAGUCACCACCAAGUCGCCGGACGUGACGGAAAAAAUCGUCAAGGAUAGCGAGGAGGAUCCCAAAGAAUCGUUCGCCAAGAGUCCUGAUGUCGUACCGGAAGUCAUAUUCUCUCAAGAUGCCCACGGUGCGGUGUCUACCAGCUCGCACGGACGUGAGCGAAUCGAGCAGCUCUCCACGAGGAUUGAGAAUGAAAGGAAUGAAGAGCUGGAAGCUGCGCCUCCUUCAUCCGAGCCGCUAUUAUAUGAUUCGCCAGAGGAAGAACCGAUAACCGACAGUCGCACGACCAAUGAGAAACGAUCGCAUGUGAAAGAGAGCGUGCUGCAGGAAAGUCCGAAAGACUCCCAGGUUUUAAACGUCCCGGUGAGCAGCUCCAAACAGACUACGAUGAACUUCGACUCGGCCGAGGAUUUCGUGAGAUUUCCCGAUUACGUGAGACAGCAACAAGGUAAUUACGUGAGAUUCCCGUCUAACGAAGCCAAUAGUAUACAUAGUCCAAGUUAUAAACAGAAUUCGCGCUAUCCCGCGGACGAGGUUGGCAGCACCAGUACCAAGAGCAGCGUACCCAUUCGCCAGAAACCAGUUUGGUUUCCCUAUCAAACGGCGUUGAGUUGGAAGCCGAACCGAUCGCAGCCAGCCGAUCGCGUCCAGGCGAUGGCCAACGAGAGGCAAAAUCGGAGACCGGAUCUGAUGCGUGUCUGGAGUAAGAUGCCGCUGAUCGAGGACCCAACUAUCUAUCACAUUUAUCAGGAUCAGGCGACCAACAAUGACCAAGAAGAAUCUUACAAUCGAUAUUCCCGGGUGCGAUCGUCGCGAAGAUUGAGUUCCCGCACGGAAACGUCGCCAGAGAACAGAGUGCCAACGCAGAAACGGAGAACGCCAAUCGGCGUGUAACUGUCCUUACACCGCUUUCAUCGAAAGAAAGGUCUAAUGAACUGUGUUAAAUGACUUGAGAAGAAUUCGCAAAUUGCGUUAAGAUAGUUCGAUUUUGAAAAAAAGAUCGACAAGGAGGUUCGUUGAUAGAAGAUAUACUGCGGUAAUCCGUUUGAGAAGUUCAAGAGUCGGUACUAUACGUAUCGCAAUUUAGUAUUUUUUUUUUGCUCAGCGAAUGUGUUGCAACUCGUUGGAAACUUCGACGAUCUCGAAAGGAGUGAUUUGAAAUCUAAGUAUCUUCCUUGGUAUUGCCUUCCAAGCUCUCGUGUGAGAAGAAAAUUGGACUCGCUAAGGGCGGAGGGAAAUUUAGAAGCGUACUUGGACUUUCUUUUACGUUUGCAUCACACGGUGUCGGCGAUUAAACUCGCAUCCGGGAAAAAAAUUUCGAAGAAAACUUCACAAAUGCGUCUUGAUUAUCUAUGUUAGUUAAUUAAUAGUGAUAAGCAUUGAAUAGAGAAAGUACAUAGCGAGGGAGUAGCAAGUAGCGUGCUGACGCAAAAGAUUUACGCAAUUAACGAUGAAUUUUACACGUUAGCCAGACGUGUAGCUUUCUACGGAAAGUUCGAACUGUUUAUCGUGCAUUUCAAAAUGAAGUCACUGAAGAGUCGCUAAGUGUCAUUUGCGAACUCAUUACGUCUAGCGAUAGCGAGAUAUUGAAUUGCGCAAUAAAUGCGUCACUUUUGAAUAGCAAAGUCAAUCAAGAAAUCAAUUUGUUCGAACUGACAUUAACUAGGCUAACAUUUACGAAGCAAGCAAGCGAAAGCUAAGAUUUUCUACCACAAUACGCUGAAAAACAAAGUAGAAGAAACACUGCCCAAACGAGCUUUUAAAUUUUUUUACGAAUAAUUUUUUACACUUUUCGACUGUAGAAAUUAAUAAUGAAUCGGAUUUUCGUCGCAUAUUUGAUUUUACGUGUGACCUGGAUAAUUAUAUUUUUGAGUAUAUUAUUUUAAUAAUACAUAAUGAUCAUUCACUAAUUAAAUUUUAUUUGCACGUACUCCAUUUUAUUUUGUAAUUUUAUUAUUUUAAAUUAAAAAUGGAUUUAAUAAAAAUAUGAAACAAUCGCAUUGAAUAUUAAAUAUGCGGCGAAAAUGCGGGAUAACAACUUCUUGAUACAAAACAUUGUAUAUCGCUGAUUAGGCUAUCGUAUCAUGAAAUAGUCAUUAAUUCAGCUAAGUUUAAUGCAAAAUAUCGUUGAUGAAUCUUUCUUCUCUGCAGCAGAGAAAUAAUUAUUAGACUCGUCAGUGUUAACACUAAUUUCGAGAUAAGGAUGUACGAGCGACGUUUACGAGCUCACGAGCGAUAUGUCGAGCUCAUUUAUUAACGAAAGUGUUAUUGUGUGAAGCACAGAUUGACUGAUCUUUAGAGUUAUCAUAGAGUAGUCGAUUUUUGGUCGUACGAAAUUUUGGAAAUCGUGUUGCUCUCUUCAUUAAAGAAAAAUACAUCCGUGCAGCAUCAACUUUCUGCUCGUCGUUGUAAGAUUUGCAGAGAAGAACAUACGAGCUGCUUCGCGAUUUACGACUUUUUGCAGAUUCUUAAAUAAUUCGAUUUUAUAAAUGAUAAGCGGACGUAUUAGACAUCUUUUUGCAGAUCAAUCACGAAUACACCUACAUUAGCCAGAGCCCACAACGUAGAAUAAGUGUUUUCGGUGUGACUUAAUCAAUCGUUAUUUCACGUCAAUAGCUUCAAAAGUAAUUUUGCUCGAAACAGCGAAAUCGGUGAUCAAAAAGUUUCGAUUUGCCGUAUUUGCUUUGCCUUUCAGGCGAAACGAUUGCAUUUUAAUGGCAACAUUAUCGUCACUAAUACCGCUAUAAUAAACGCUCCGGUUACAACGUGAUACUGUAAACAAGAAUGUUUAUUAACGUUUCAAAGCUUUAUAUAACAAUUGAAGCUUUUAUCUAUUUAAAUAAUAAUAAAUUAAUCGAUAUACAUAGAAUAUCUUCAAUUAUUUUUAUUGAUGCGUAAAUUGCAAAGAACAUUGUUAGUUAAUUAAACAUCUUUAUUAAUAAGUUAAUUUUUAUUAGAGCCCCAUAUAUUGGGCAAAUAAUCUAGAACAUGCUUUUAAAUUAUGUUGUGUUAUAUUCUUGAAAAUAUUUCAACUCUCUUGUUCUUAAAAGCAAAGAAUUUUAAAAAAAUAUAGAGAAUAUUUAGAUCAUUGGCAAACAUAAAUUAAUAAAACAGCAUUGAAAUAAUACGUAAAUUGUAUUAAAAUAUAUAUUAACAUUUUCCAGCGGUUUGUAUCAUAAUUUUAAUUUUGUUGUAUAUAAUGCUGUCAGAAAGCCGCAGCUUUUAUUGUAGCGGGUGUCACCGAACUCUGUCUCACGAGCAUUGAGACAUUUCGAAUCAGCUAUUGUUAUUCCUCUACGUGUUUUCCGCUACGAGCGCGAUAAUAAAGCCGAAAGUUUUACGAGAUAGUUGACAUUGUGCGGCCAGUAAGUCUACUGAUCUACAUGCGUUUCAAUGUGGUGUGUAAUGUUUCUCGUACUAUUGAAUGUCGAUUCGUGUACAUAUUAAUUUUUAUCAUUGAAGAAUGUAUAUAUGCAUAGAGGCAUAAUGUAGGCAUAAUAUAAAUAAAUAAGUGUUAUAACAGCAGCACAGUCCCGAUUGCGUAUUAAUCGUGUAUUAAAUCUUAUUGUAUUAUUUAUAACGAAAUAUAUCGAUGUAUAUUGCAUUUGUCGUGUUGUGCAAGGCCGCCUGUUAGAUAACGGAGUGAAAGGAGUUAUAAAAAAAAGAAUCGCAUACGACCCGUAUGAUACCAAA